GCCACGCCCCGCCCUAGGGGGCGGGGCGAUGCCGAACUGCGGCGGGCUGGCUCAGUAAAGCGGAGGCAGCGGGGGAAGAUGGCGGCGGCCGUUCCACAGCGGGCGUGGACCGUGGAGCAGCUGCGCAGUGAACAGCUGCCCAAGAAGGACAUUAUCAAGUUUCUGCAGGAACACGGUUCAGAUUCGUUUCUUGCAGAACAUAAAUUAUUAGGAAACAUUAAAAAUGUGGCCAAGACAGCUAACAAGGACCACUUGGUUACAGCCUAUAACCAUCUUUUUGAAACUAAGCGUUUUAAGGGUACUGAAAGUAUAAGUAAAGUGUCUGAGCAAGUAAAAAAUGUGAAGCUUAAUGAAGAUAAACCCAAAGAAACCAAGUCUGAAGAGACCCUGGAUGAGGGUCCACCAAAAUAUACUAAAUCUGUUCUGAAAAAGGGAGAUAAAACCAACUUUCCCAAAAAGGGAGAUGUUGUUCACUGCUGGUAUACAGGAACACUACAAGAUGGGACUGUUUUUGAUACUAAUAUUCAAACAAGUGCAAAGAAGAAGAAAAAUGCCAAGCCUUUAAGUUUUAAGGUUGGAGUCGGCAAAGUUAUCAGAGGAUGGGAUGAAGCUCUCUUGACUAUGAGUAAAGGAGAAAAGGCUCGACUGGAGAUUGAACCAGAAUGGGCUUAUGGAAAGAAAGGACAGCCUGAUGCCAAAAUUCCACCAAAUGCAAAACUCAUUUUUGAAGUGGAAUUAGUGGAUAUUGAUUGAAAUAGCAGUGCUUCAGCUCUAAGGAUAUUAGCAACAAUGAUAAAACUUGGCCUUGAAGAAACUUACAUAACUAGUUAGAACUUGUAACUAUUGUAAAGGAAGAGUCAACUGGAAAAUUCAAGGAGUUAAUAAAAUUUGUUUACUUGAUCCCAGCUUUUGAGAGAUGUAAUCCCUUAUGAAUCCCUGGUCUAAAAUACUUUCCUACAGCUGUGUAAAAUACUGGUCAAGGAGAACUUUUUCCUUUUAACUCAUGUUGUAAACUAAGUGGCUCAAUAAAAAUUGAUCCACUGUCUUGA